AUGGACAUUUUAGAGCAUUGCUCUGAAAAGCGUGUCAUCAGGCUUCUCAAGGGCGUUGCUGAUGAACUACGCAUCGACUCGACUGGUCAUCGUGUUGCCAUUCUUGAAUAUAGUAGCUUGGCGAAGGCCUCAAAAUGGCGUCGAUAUUACUUCGAACACAUCAGCUCAGAUCCAGCACUGGCAGAGGUGAUCAAUCAGCUACCCCAUAUUCAAGGCAUAACCGAUACGGGAAGUGCAUUGAGGGUGGUGAUCGAUGAGUAUGUGCCGAGCAGGCGUAAUGGCAUUCCGCUUAUCAUUUUCACCAUCACUGACGGAUAUUACAGGGAUCAUGAGAUCGUGCAAAAGAAUAUCGCCAAACUGCUAUCGUUCCCAAACACGCACUUAUUCGCCGCAACACCGUCGUCUUCAUAUAACUUAAAAGGUCUACUCAGUCUUACAAAUGGCGAGAUUUCGAGACUGGCCUAUGGGCAAGAUGCGCUCGAGAGAUCCAAGCAAAUGCUUCAACAGUUCACCAGUUGCCGUUCUAGACAGAAUACUGAGAUCAGAAGGAAACCACAGAAUAAAGCUCUGUUAUCUACAACCCGGUCAAUCCUUGACAAUGCUUUAUUUACAGAUUAUUGA